AUGGAAUCACGGCGGCGCAACGUCGCGGGGGAUCCUAAAACCAUCAGCAAACCACUUGAUGCUGAAGAGUUCUCGUCGAUGAUCCCAAUCGAACUAACCAUAGAGAUAUUUUCGAGGUUGCCACUAAAAUCUAUUGCGAGAUGUCGUUGUGUAUCAAAGCAUUGGGCUUCGAUACUUCUCCGUCCUGACUUCACGGACCUGUUCUUCACCAAAUCGCUGGCUCGACCGAAGCUAUUGUUCGCCUUACCAAAAGAGAGUGAGUUUCUCUUCUUCUCCUCACCUCAGCCACGUGAGAAUACGUCUCUUCCUAUAACCGUCGAUCAUCAUGUGAGCGUCCAUCAUAUAUCUAGUCCUCUCAAUGGAUUUUUCUGUAUAAGCUAUGAUCGGAUCUUAAAGGAAAGUGAAACCAUUACCAGAAAAAAACAACGUGUGACUGUGAUAUACUUAGCUAUGUACACUGGCACAUCGCUUGCUUUGAAAACUGUGUUGUUACUAUACCGAAGGAGGCUUGAGGAUCUCUUGUAUUCAUUCGCGGAGUCUCAAAGCCUCGACUGUCUAUCACUAAGAAGCUGCGGAUUGCCCUUGGUAGGACAGUACACAGUUGUGGACUUUUUCUGUCUGGAAAAAGAAGAUAUGAUAUUAAUGGGCUUUUACAGUAUCUCGAUCAAGAAUAGUAUUAAGAUUUUUGUUUGCCUUGGUCUUAAAGCUUGUCAGGAGGAGUUGCUUGUUAGAGUGGCGACGUCGAGAGAAGAGUUUAGGCAUUUGAAGAGCUUUGAUUACGUUGUGGUUAAUGCGAAAGGGAGGCUUGAUGAUGCGGUUAGCCGCGUGGAAGCUAUUAUCGAUGCGGAGAAAUCUAGAGUUCACCAGAGGGUUGUUAGGAUUUGA